CUCAUCAAAUGUCCACAUGAUGAUUGUCCAAAAACCUUUAGCAGAUUAUAUAAUUUGAAAGCUCAUUUAAGAUCUCAUUCUCCUGCUAGACCAUAUCAAUGUCCAAUGUGUCCAAGAUCUUUUUCAAGAAAACAUGAUUUACAAAGACAUAUUAGAGUUCAUACAGGUGUUAAACCUUAUCAAUGCCCAUGUUGUCGAAAAGCUUUUGCUCGUACAGAUGCACUUCGUCGUCAU